AUGCACUUCACCGCGUGCCUCUCCGCUGUCACGACGGUCUUCAUGAUGAGCCUCCCUACUCUCCUUCCACCUUGCUCUAGCAAACGACCACAGACUGAGCCGCGACUGCAGCAUGUACCACGACGGCGCAAAGCGCUGUUCGUAUUACCGCGGUGA